AUGACCCCAACCACAGAUGAGACCAGUACAACCAUCAACUCUACACCCACCUCAACGACAGCUGGGACCAGCACAACCACCAACUCUACACCCACUUCAACGACAGCUGGGACCAGCUCAGUGCCUGGCUCUACAAUGACCCCAACCAGAGAUGAGAACAGUACAACCAUCAACCCUACACCCACCACAGCGACAGCUGGGACCAGCACAACCAUCAACUCUAUACCUAUCCCAAACAAAGAUGGGACCAGUACAACCAUCAACCCUACACCCACCUCAACGACAGCUGGUACCAGCACAACCACCAACUCUACACCCAGCCCAACCACAGCUAGGACCAGCAAAACCAUCAACUAUACACCCACCUCAAUGACAGCUGGCACCAGCACAACCAUCAACUCUACACCCACCCCAACCACAGAUGGGACCAGUACAACCAUCAACUCUACACCCACCUCAAUGAAAGAUGAGACCAGCACAACAUUCAACUCUACACCCACCUCAACGACAGCUGGAACCAGAACAACCAUCAACUCUACACCCACCUCAACCACAGAUGGGACCAGCACAACCACCAACUCUACACCCAGCCCAACCACAGCUGGGACCAGCACAACCAAUAAUUCUACACCCACCUCAACGACAGCUGGAACCAGCACAGCGCCUAGCUCUACAACAACUCCAACAACAGAUGGGUCCAACACAACCAUCAACUCUACACCCACCUCAACGACCUCUGGGACCAGAACAACCAUCAACUCUACACCGACCUUAACAACAGCUGAGACCAGCACAACUAUCAAUUCUACACACACCCCAACCACAGAUGGAACCAGUACAACCAUCAACUCUACACCCAGCCCAACCACAGUUGGGACCAGUACAACCAUCCAUUCUACACCCACCUCAACGACAGCUGGGACCAGCACAGUGCCUGGCUCUACAACGACCCCAACCACAGAUGAGACCAGUACAACGAUCAGCUCUAUACAUACCCCAACAACAGAUGGGACCAGCACAACCAUCAACUCUACACCCACCUCAACAACACCUGGGACCAGCACAACCAUCAACUCUACACCCACCUCAACAACAGCUGGGACCAUCACAACCAUCAACUCUACACCUACCCAAAACAUAGAAGAGACCUACACAACCAUCAACUCUACACCCACCUCAACAAUAGCUGGGACGAGCACAACAAUCACCACUGCACCCAGCCCAACCUCAGCUGGGACCAGUACAACCAUCCACUCUACACCCACCUCAAUGACAGCUGGAACCAGCACAGCGCCUGGCUUUACAACAACUACAACAACAGAUGGCACCAGCACAAUCAUCAAAUCUACACCCACCUCAACGACAGCUGGGACCAGAACAACCAUCAACUCUACACCCACCCCAACCACAGAUGGGACCAGCACAACCACCAACUCUACACCCACCGCAACCACAGAUGGGACCAGUACAACCAUCAACUCUACACCCACCUCAACGACAGCUGGGACCAGCACAACCAUCAACUCUACACCCACCUCAAUGAAAGAUGGGACCGGUACAACCAUCAACUCUACACCCACCACAACCACAGAUGGAACCACUACAACCAUCAACUCUAUACCCCCCUCAACGACAGCUGGGACCAGUACAAACAUCAACUUUACACCCACCUCAACGACAGCUGGGACCAGCUCAGUGCCUGGCUCUACAAUGACCCCAACCAGAGAUGAGACCAGUACAACCAUCAACCCUACACCCACCACAGUGACAGCUGGGACCAGCACAACCAUCAACUCUAUACCUAUCCCAAACAAAGAUGGGACCAGUACAACCAUCAACUCUACACCCACCUCAACCGCAGAUGGGACCAGUACAACCAUCAACUCUACACCCACCUCAACGACAGCUGGUACCAGCACAACCACCAACUCUACAUCCAGCCCAACCACAGCUGGGACCAGCAAAACCAUCAACUCUACACACACCUCAAUGACAGCUGGCACCAGCACAACCAUCAACUCUACACCCAGCCCAACCAUAGCUGGGACCAGCACAACCAAUAAUUCUACACCCACCUCAACGACAGCUGGAACCAGCACAGCGCCUAGCUCUACAACAACUCCAACAACAGAUGGGACUAGCACAACCAUCAACUCUACACCCACCUCAACAACCUCUGGGACCAGCACAAUCAUCAACUCUAUACCCACCCCAACCACAGCUGUGACUAGUACAACCAUCAACUCUACACCCAGCCCUUCCACAGCUGGGACCAGCACAACCAUCAACUCUACACCCACCACAACCACAGAUGUAACCAGUACAACCAUCAACUCUACACCCACCUCAACAACAGCUGAAACAAGUACAACCAUCAACUCUACACCCACCCUAACCACAGCUGGGACUAGCACAACCAUCAACUCUACACCCAGCCCUUCCACAGCUGGGACCAGCAUAACCAUCAACUCUACACCCACAUCAACAACACCUGGGACCAGCACAACCAUCAACUCUACACCCACCUCAACAACAGCUGGGACCAUCACAACCAUCAACUCUACACCCACCCCAAUGACAGCUGGGACCAGUACAACCAUCAACUCUACACCCACCACAAUGACAGCUGGGUCCAGCACAACCAUCAACUCUACACUCACCCCAACCUCAGAUGGGACCAGCACAACCAUCAACUCUACACCCACCCCAAACACAGAUGGGACCAGCACAACCAUCAACUCUACACCCACCCCAAACACAGAUGGGACCAGCACAACCAUCAACUCUACACCCACCUCAACGACAUCUGGGACCAGCACAGCACCUGGCUCUACAACCACCCCAACCACCGUUGAGACCAGUAUAACAAUCAACUCUACACCCACCCCAAUGACAGCCGGGACCAUUACAACCAUCAACUCUACACCCACCUCAACAACAGCUGGAACCAGCACCGCGCCUGGCUCUACACCCACCUCAACCACAGAUGGGGCCAGUACAAACAUCAACUCUACACCCACCCCAACCACUGCUGAGACCAGUACCUCCUCCAGUUCUGGCUGGACAACCCUCCACAGCGGCUCUAGCCUGGCAGUUUCAACCUCCACCUCCAACCACACCACCACAGUUGUAACUCCAGUGAACGCGGCAAAGCCCAGUGGGUCCUUGGAGCCAUGGGAAACCGUCCUCAUCACCCUGGCUUCUGUUGUUGUGGCCACAGCACUUUUUGCUGGAGUCUUCCUUUUUGUGGUGAGUGCCUGA